CAAAAAAAACUUGAUUUUCCCUGUCCAUUAUUUUAUGCCAUGUCCAGUACAUGCAGAAGGGCUCUCUGUUGGAGAUACUGUGCAUAUUGAAGGUGUUUAGGGCACAUCCCCAAUCAAGAUGGCCAUCUCAGUAGCAGAAAAAACUACCCCUCCGGCUGGUAUGGUGGAUCACGAGGUCAGAAUAUCGAGGCCCUUCUGGCCAACAUGGUGAAACCCCGUCUCUACUAAAAAUACAAAAAACUGAGCAUGGUGGUACACCCCUGUAGUCCCAGCUACUUAGGAGGUGGAGGCUGCAAUAAGCCAGUAUCUUACCACACCACUCCAGCCUGGGCGAAUACCUUCCCUGACACUCAUGGGGAGGAAAGAAGCCCUUUCCCUGUUGGAGAAGAAAAGCCUAUCAGGGUACUGGUGAAGGCAGGGCUGGAGUUGGGUGUUGACUGUAAUCUUGUAGCUCUUGUCUACUGAUGUGCAGGGUGCAGUCACCGGUUUUACUCUUAUCUUUAACCUCUUCCCCCAUCUUUACCCUUACAUACUACUCAUCCUUCCCGUUUCUCCUUAACACUUGACUACCUGGCCUGCCCUAUCCCAUCUUGAUUUCACUUGUUCUACCCUCAGCUGUCCCCUCUUGCUCUGCUUUCAUUUUUAAAAUUUGAGAUGGGAUUCAAGCGAUUCUCCUGCCUCAGCCUCCCAAGUAGCUGGGUACAGGUGCACACCACUACACCUGGCUAAUUAUUUUUAGUAGAGAUGGGGUUUCACCAUAGGCUGGAACUCCCGAACUCAGGCGAUCUGCCAGAUGGCCUCCCAAAGUGCUGGGAUUAUAGACGUAAGCCAUCGCCCCCGGCCCGGUCUCCUGCCCUGCUUCCAAAUGCUAGCUAACCUGUGAGCCUUUCAUCUGUCUCCUUUGCCAUCCUCAAUGGUGACUCACUUGUCACCUGCUCUGCUUUUAUCUGCUAGUUCACAUGCCUGACUCUCACCUGAUGCUUCAGCCUGUAUGCCCUCACCCGCUCCGGCCAGGUCAAAGAGUCUUCGUCCCUAGAUUCCCGUGUGCUCUCCAGGGCGGGACCUUCCUGGGGAACGGGAAAGCGGAACUUCAGUCCAACCAGGAAGCACCUGGGAGUUUUUGAUGCGGAAAGGGCGGUGUCUUCUAGAGAAUCUGCCAAUAAAAGGCCGAGAUGAAAAGGGUGAUUGAGCCAAUGAGACUAGGAGACAGGAUUGCGGGGUGAUCUGUAAAGUGCAACGAGCGGACCGGACGCGAACGCCAAGACAAGGCGGAUCUAAUGACGGGAAAGGGCCAGUGAAGCUGAGUAGGGACGCUCAUAGGCGCCUGAAGUACAUAUCCCUAGCCGUGCUGGUGGUCCAGAAUGCCUCCCUCAUCCUCAGCAUCCGCUACGCCCGCACAUUGCCUGGGGACCGCUUCUUUGCCACCACUGCUGUGGUCAUGGCAGAAGUGCUCAAAGGUCUCACCUGCCUGCUGCUGCUCUUCGCACAGAAGAGGGGUAACGUGAAGCACCUGAUUCUCUUCCUCCACGAGGCUGUCCUGGUGCAGUAUGUGGACACGCUCAAGCUUGCAGUGCCCUCUCUUAUCUACACCUUGCAGAAUAACCUCCAGUAUGUUGCCAUCUCUAACCUACCAGCUGCCACUUUCCAGGUGACGUACCAGCUGAAGAUCCUGACCACAGCGCUGUUCUCUGUGCUUAUGCUGAACCGCAGCCUUUCCCGGCUGCAGUGGGCCUCCCUGCUGCUCCUCUUUACUGGCGUCGCCAUUGUCCAGGCACAGCAAGCCGGUGGGGGAGGCCCACGGCCACUGGAUCAGAACCCUGGGGCAGGCCUGGCAGCUGUCGUGGCCUCCUGUCUCUCCUCCGGCUUCGCAGGUGUCUACUUUGAGAAGAUCCUCAAAGGCAGCUCAGGCUCUGUGUGGCUACGCAACCUGCAACUGGGCCUCUUUGGUACAGCACUGGGCCUGGUGGGGCUCUGGUGGGCUGAGGGCACUGCCGUGGCCAGCCGCGGUUUCUUUUUUGGGUACACGCCUGCUGUCUGGGGCGUGGUACUCAACCAGGCCUUCGGCGGGUUAUUGGUGGCUGUGGUUGUCAAGUACGCUGACAACAUCCUCAAGGGCUUUGCCACCUCCUUGUCCAUUGUGCUGUCCACUGUUGCCUCCAUUCGCCUCUUUGGCUUCCAUGUGGACCCAUUGUUUGCCCUUGGCGCUGGGCUCGUCAUUGGUGCUGUCUACCUCUACAGCCUUCCCCGAGGUGCAGCCAAAGCCAUAGCCGCUGCCUCUGCCUCCGCCUCCGCCUCCGGGCCCUGCGUUCACCAGCAGCCUCCGGGGCAGCCACCACCACCACAGCUUUCUUCCCACCGUGGAGACCUCAUCACGGAGCCCUUUCUGCCAAAGUUGCUCACCAAGGUGAAGGGUUCCUAGCCGCUGGGAUUGAAGACGUUGGCCUGGCCUCGUUCUCUCUUCUUGCUCUGGCCCAGCUGGGACCAAACUGAUCAGUAUUAGGGGUAGGGUGAGGUAGACACCGGACUCCCUGUACCCUCCACCCCUGCCCUGUGCAGGGCCGACAUGACUAAGCUGUCUCGUAAUGACCCACCUUAGCUCAGCCCCCAGCUCCUGCCAGCCCCACACGAUCUCUUAGCUGAGUUUUUGCAAAUAAAAUGUGUUGU